GUCUGUCUGUUCACUGCCCUAAAUCAUGACGAUCAUCCCAGCCCAGUGGGAAUGACCUCCUCCCAGCCUUUCACAUCUGUGUCUGUCAGAGAGUCCACACACAGCGACACAUAUUAUUCAACCAGAGGGGGCUACAGCAUCAUCUCCCAUCCAGCCUCCUCCACUGCUGAGGAACAUCGACUUCUACACACGAGAAGAUAUCUGUUGCUCAUCUGAAGGACAAUUUUAGAUGCUUAACAACAAAUGUUGGGACUUUUGUGAGGACUUAAGACAGCGCUUUGUACUCUUUUGUGAGUAAUAGACAAUCAUCUAAUAACAGCAAAGAGAGAGAGUUUACCUUAAGGAUUACAUCAUUUAAGAUGAAGGACUCGUGCCUGGAUAUGAGAAGUGGAUAGAAGUGAAGGUUUGGGAUGUAGAUGGGAUCUGGAUGGAGUUCAAGAGUGGGUUAUGAAUACUAGUAUCGUCCAGCUGAUCAUGAAGAAUCCAGUGAAACUUUCAUCCAGAGUUUGCUACUAAUGGCUCUACGCUGAGAGAAUGGACAUGGAUGAUAUUGUAAAUUCAACUGCAGGUGGAAAUGUUUCGGCUAUCCUGCCUGCCCCAUACAGCCUGCUGGAGGUCAUAACUAUUGGAACUGUAUCAGCUGUAGUCAGCCUCAUCACAAUAGUGGGGAACGUCCUGGUGAUGCUUUCUUUUAAGGUGAACAGCCAACUUAAGACGGUUAACAAUUAUUACUUACUCAGUUUAGCUUUCGCAGACCUCAUUAUUGGUGUGUUUUCCAUGAACCUGUACACAUCCUACAUUCUCAUGGGAUAUUGGUCUUUAGGGCAUGUAGCAUGUGAUCUGUGGCUGGCUAUUGACUAUGUUGCAAGUAAUGCAUCGGUGAUGAACUUGCUGGUCAUCAGUUUUGACAGGUACUUCUCAAUUACAAGACCACUUACUUAUAGGGCUAAACGGACGCCGAAACGUGCAGGCAUCAUGAUUGGCUUGGCAUGGUUGAUAUCAUUUAUAUUAUGGGCUCCACCUAUUCUGUGCUGGCAGUAUUUUGUUGGUGAGCGGACAGUUCCUCAUGACCAAUGCCAGAUACAGUUCUUCUCAGAACCCAUAAUUACUUUUGGGACGGCCAUAGCAGCUUUCUAUAUACCAGUUUCCAUCAUGACAAUGUUGUAUUGUCGAAUCUAUAAAGAAACAGAGAAACGCACAAAGAAUUUGUCUGAACUGCAAGGAUACCCCUCUUUGGACAGCAAUGAAGGUCCUAGGGAAAAAAAGCCAAUAUUAAGAUGCUUCAGCUUUAAAAACAAGAGAGAUGGGACUCAAGCAUCAUGGUCUUCAUCCAACCAGAGUUAUGUUACUAGGACAACAAUGCAGUCUGUGGAUCUCUGGACAAAGUCAGACCAGGUCACCACCCUGAAUAGUUAUGCAUCAUCAGAGGACGAGGAACGGUCCAUCUCGGAAGCAACCCCACGGGAAUCUUUCAAGAACCAAGAAAGGACAGAAAAUAAAAAUGGACAGCUUGACUCUUAUGAAGAAAAUAAAUAUCUAAGUGAUCUUGCAAAACAAUGCUCACAGGCAAAUAACAAAAAGUGUAUGUCAUACAAGUUUAAGCCCAUUCUUAGCAACAUUACCACUUUUCAAGGCACCGGUGAAACUGAGAAAACAAACGCAGAUCACACAUUAGAGUCGCAGGUUUCUCCAUCAACAUCCACUUCCACCAAACCAGAAGAUCCGAGCUUGAAGAUCCAGAUGACGAAACGGAAAAGAAUGGUCCUUAUCAAGGAGAAAAAGGCAGCACAGACUCUCAGUGCAAUUCUCCUUGCUUUCAUCCUCACAUGGACCCCAUACAACAUCAUGGUACUCAUUUCUACAUUCUGCUCUGACUGCAUCCCUGUCUCCCUCUGGCAUCUGGGAUACUGGCUCUGUUAUGUCAAUAGCACAGUCAACCCAAUGUGCUAUGCAUUAUGCAACAAAACCUUCCAGAAGACCUUUUGGAUGCUAGUGCUCUGCAAGUGGAAGAACAGAGGAAAGGAAAAACUAGACUGGGGUGGUCAAAGCCAUUAAAUACAAUGAUAGGACAGCUGUAAUGGCU